ACUCUUCACCCUUAUUGUCCAUGGAAUGCAGAUAUUACUUUUUGUACCAGACGACUAGACGAGGCUUCUUGCACCGCACUUGAAGACAUGUUGUGAACCUGCUUUCUAACGCAGAAUAUUUGAAACGACGGCCAAUUGUUUUUGUGCAUAGUGUUAAUUGCAUGUUGGAGUAAGAUUUGUAAGUAUUGAAACUAACUGUGGUGUGAAAAAUUCUGCAAUUGAUUGAUGGUUCAAAAGAUGAGAAAAUCAGACUUAAAGGGCAAUAAUAGAAAGGCUAUUCUGCAAUCUUAUUGAAUGUCAACAGUUUAUACUUUAAGCUAACUUAACUAUGCUUGGUACUUUUCGUGUGCAGUAGAUGGAAGGCUUAUGUUUUUGUUUUCUUUUUCUUGUAGGUGAUUACAACCCUUGGGAUAUUUUGGGAAUUCAGCUCCACCCAACAAAAUGGAGGAUGCUAGGGGUGUCUCGAGACGUGUUGUGAGGAGAAAAAGAAAGGUCAGCAGCAGCAGCAGCAGCGGUAGGAGCCGUCACGCCAAAAAGAUGAGUGCCUCCUCCUCAUCGUCAUUGCCGGAUUUGAACGCAUCGCCUUCGGCUACGUCUGCCCCUCAUUCCAGAUCGACGUCCACAAGUGAACCGUCUUCCAAACGAGUGCUCAGAGAUGUAGUUAGCGUCGAUGCAGCCGAAAUGCAACAAACGGAUGUCAUCUUUGUGACGUCAUCACCAGCCGAGUCGUGGAAAGAAGAACUGGACAAACUGGCCACGUCCAUCCGUCUGAGCGGAGGUGGAGGUGGUGGUGGUGGCAACCGUGAAGACCAAUGGAAAGAUGCGAGAAAUUUAGCAUCGUCCAUCAUCAGGAGUUGGGUGAUCCGUCCGGGCCAUGGGAGCCAAUCGACCGUCAUUGCUGGACCGCAGAGUUUCAAUGAAUGGAACAAACGCGAUUUCCUCUCCUGUCCUAAAUGCGGCGGAGUUUUGCAUCAAGUGGCGACCCUGGCGUGCGGACACAGUUUCUGUCGCAAAUGCACCAAUUCUCUGGAUCACUGUUACAAGUGCAGCCGGGCAGAUAAUCCAUCCUUGAAUGCGGAUCAGUUGAGAACCAACGUCACCGUUUCGACCUUGGUCGAAAAGUGGUGGGCAGACGAACUGAAAGCCGUCGAGUUACGUAACGCCGGCAAUCAGGCAUUUUGCAACCAACUGUAUGACCAGGCCCUGGACAAAUAUCAUCUCGCUGCUCAGUCAGCUCCUGGAGAUUUUACGUUGCUGAGCAACCGGUCGCAUUGUUACUCGAAAAUGGGCAAAUUCGAAGAAGCCCUUAAGGACGCUGAUCAGGUCAUUCGAUUGCGACCAAAUUGGCCCAAGGGUUAUUACCGUCGAGCUGAGGCACUUAAAGGUCUCGGUAGGCACGAAGACGCCCUUCUGUCCUUGUUGCAUUGCGCCGCUAUGGAACGCUCGUUGAUGUGCGACGUCCGCGAUGAUAUUGCAAAGGCACUCUACGGUAUUACGUCAUCGGUGGCCAAACAAAAGUGUCAUCGCAUUGGCGACCGUACCAUAGCUGGAGCUGCCGGUCUGGCCAGUGAUACUGAAGACUCGAGCUCAUCCAGUUCUUCGGAGGCUGCGGCCGCCUUAGCAGCUACCAGUCGAAUUUUACCGUCCGAAACGGAAGAAGAAGAGGACGACGAUGUUUUACGGCAGUCACCGCAACGGAUGAUGGCCCUAUCGCUCCAUCACCAGGAAAUUCAUCCCAAAUUGCAUCAGAUGGUCGAUCGCAUCCUAUCCGAACUCGAAAGACUUCAAAAAUGGACACCAAAUAUUUCCUUGAGAGGAGCAGAUCCAGCCAAAGUGGACAUCUCCGAUUUCGAGUGCACGUUGUGCUGUCGACUGAUGUGGCAGCCGGUCACGACACCGUGCGGUCAUUCGUUUUGUCGCACUUGUCUCGAUCGAUGCAUGGACCACAAAGCGGCCUGCCCACUCUGCCAGACAUCAUUGGAAAACUAUCUGGCAGAAAGGAAACAGUGCCUGACGGAGUUUCUCGACUACGCCAUGGCUACUUACCUGCCGCAAGAAUACGCCGAUAGAUCGUGCAUUCACGAUGAAGAAAUGAAAGAGCUGGCCUCGUCUCAUAAUAUUCCAAUCUUCAUCUGCACGAUGGCGUAUCCCACGGUGAAAUGUCCGUUGCACGUUUUCGAGCCUCGCUAUCGGCUCAUGAUUCGCCGAUGUAUGGAAUCCGGUUCACGCCAAUUUGGCAUGUGCUCCUACGUCCAGGAUCAACCGCAAGGAUUUGCCGAAUUCGGCACCAUGUUGGAAGUCAACGAUGUCGAGUUCUUCCCCGAUGGAAGAUCCGUCGUCGAUACGGUCGGUGGCCGACGGUUCCGGGUCCUUCGUCGCGGUGUCCUCGAUGGCUAUUGCACAGCAACCGUCGAGUAUCUGGUGGAUCAGCCAGUAGAUCCAUCUCGUGUCGAAAUCGUCAAAACUCUACACGAUCGUGUCCGUCAAGAAGCUCAACAUUGGAUCAAUUCAGCUCCGGCCAAUCUUCGCCAACGGAUAUUGGGUCAUUUCGGCACGAUGCCGGAUGCUGAACCCGAUUGGAUGACCCUCCCAAAUGGACCGGCUUGGCUGUGGUGGCUUAUGGCCAUUUUACCACUCAAUCCGAAAGCUCAGGUGGCGACACUAUCGAUGACUCACAUUGAAAAAAGGUUAGAGGCCAUCCAGCGGGGAGUAGCGUAUGUGCGUCAAAGAACCCUGUGACUACUACCCUAUCGUGUGCUGUCACACAUCUAUCAUCAACCAGCAAUCGUCUUUCUGUGUGUUACCAUCAUAGUGGUUGCCUAUUAUUUUACUACUUUUUCGUCAUUCGGCUGAUGGGUCCAAUUUGACUCGGGAAUCAAUCAACUAUCAAUCCCUGCAAGGGUUUUACUAAAAAACUAAAAAAACUAAAAAAAUCUAAAAAAAGGAAAGAAAAGAAAGAAAAAAAGUAGACAAGAAAAAGUGGUUUCUACAUUUGUGUUUGUUAUCCUUGCAUUCCCCCCCCCCCUUAAAUUAUCCAGAAACAUAAUAGUCAAUUUAUAAACAUGUGCGAGAGUAUUUCUUCUUUGGCUAGUCUUUCCUCCCACUCGCUUAUUAUAUAAUAAUAUUCAUUGAAAACUCAACACACAUUAUCUUAUAAUAUUGUCGGGAAUGUUUGGCUUUGUCUGUAUCCAUUUUCAACAUACGGAAAAUAUUCGACUAGGAUAUAUAGAACUA